UUUCGGCCACUUUUAUUUUGACGUGAGGAACAAUGCGUGGCGAGCAGUGAAACAGAAACAACAGGAAACAAACCCGGCUGCUGAAUGAAUGUCAAAGAGAUGGUGUUUACGUGCGUUCACUAGUGUUUACGAAACAAACAUGGACGACGCAGUGCAAGAGCCGGAGAAGAAGAACUGCACCUUUCUUUUUAAAAGGCGUAAAAUCCACAAUAAUGCCACGAGAAAGCGGAGAGGAGCGGACGGCAGCGAUGAUAGCAGCGAGGAUGAGACCAUGGUGGUUAAGAAGGAAAAGAAACAGGACGAUCACAAUCCCAUGAUACAAAGCACAAAUGUGAAGAAACAGGAGAUCAAGCACGACGAUAAUAAUAGUGAGGAUGAUGGCAUAACUGUAUCAUAUAAGAGUAACAGAACGGCUCUACCAGCUGGGCCGAGUGACCAAGGAGCAACGGCUAUUCUUGAAACAGAAACAGAGAAAGACAGGGACGCUCAAGCGCUAUUUGAGAAGGCCCAAAAAAUAAAUGAGGAAUUAGAGGGAAAACAAGAUGAUAAAAUUUAUAGAGGCUUGAACAAUUAUGCACAAUACUAUAAAAAGAAGGAUACUGCGGCUGGAAAUGCAUCCAGCGGAAUGGUUCGUAAGGGACCAAUUCGAGCACCAUCCAAUCUUAGAGCAACGGUUAGAUGGGACUAUCAACCCGACAUAUGCAAAGAUUACAAAGAGACUGGUUUCUGCGGUUUUGGAGAUAGCUGUAAGUUUUUACACGAUCGGUCGGAUUAUAAACUGGGAUGGCAAUUGGAGAGAGAAGCUGCUACUGGCGAAUAUAAUGAUAGUGGAGACGAAGACGAUAAGAAAUAUGAGAUUGACAGCGAUGAGGAGAACUUGCCGUUUAAAUGCUUUAUUUGUAGAAAUAGUUUCACAGAUCCUGUUGUUACAAAAUGCAAGCAUUACUUUUGUGAAAAAUGUGCUUUGGAGCAAUAUAAGAAAAGUACACGAUGUUACAUCUGCAAUACCCAGACUAACGGCACAUUCAACCCUGCAAAAGAACUUAUUGCACGAACUAAACUGGAAGAAAAGGAAAAAAGCGCGACAAGCGAGGAUUCCGAUAAAGAUUGA